AGUUAGGAUUGGCUCUGGCCUUUCUUAUCAGGAAAACACAUCGAUGAUAGCCGAGAAGCUCUACAGUGUAAUGCCCCAUCUAUCUUGAAUGUAAUUUUAACCGCCGAGCCGGAAGAAAUGGACCAGCAGCCAUUCUCUGACACGACGGUCCCUGCUGUUCAGACAACACCUUUGUCAAGUGUUUCAACGAUAACUCUUCCUAUCAAUAGCGUGCGAUGUGAGGGCCGACAUCUAGAGAGACCAUAUCGACAUCGAUGGAUGAAUUGGCCUCAUAAACGAAGAUCCUUCCAUGAUCCGGAGUACAACUGUUACUUUAUCUCUUCCGAUAAUGAUGACCAUGGCUUAGAGAUUGGACACACUAACGAGGGAGACUCACACUUCAAUAUAACGCUUAUGCAGGGUUCUGACACGGACCCCGGCAAGGUCACAUUCAGUGUAGAAUUUGGUUCAGAUCCUACGGUGAAGGCCCGAUUUGAAUCUGCGGUCAUUCGUAUUGAGUUUGGUUACGACGGCGAUGUCGAUGGACGGUCAUUUCCUUUGAGGAUAAAAGAUAUACAUCCGAAGGACGAUAAGGGACAGGCAGCUCGUGUUCGAGGACAGGGUAUACACAGUUCUAGUGCUCAGUGGACAUUUGUGGAAGACGUAGGUGAGGCUGGACAGCAAGGACUGGACCCACAUUACGAGCUGUUUGCUACACUUCCAACUACGCAGCAGAUUAUAUGGAUCAAAUGUUGGGGCAGGGCGAUAUUGAAGCAGAAAGAUGGGUUUGGAUGGGGAAAUGAAGUGAUUUUGGAGUUGGGGUCGAAGGAAGAGCCGUACAGGAGGAACAUUGAUCUACUAGGCUGGCAGGCACUCAUGAAGUGAUAGAACACUUGUACAAGUUCCUCUUUGUUUUUCUAUUUUCCUGUUUAAUUUUGGAUAAUUUUUCGUGGGCAC